ACACCGAACGACGACAGUCACCUAGUGUAUCAAUUUGAAACCAAUUUCGGUUUCCAUUUUUAUUUUUUUGGUCCGCGCUUUUCAUCCGUUGUCCGUGCUUCGUGCUUGGUUGCAUUUUUGCGGUUGCUGCUCUUUAAAUUUCGCGAUCGUCAUGAAAUCGUUUCUGGUAGUCCUAGCCUGCGUUGCUUGCGCAACGGCCUUCCCGGAGCCUCCGCGGGGUCGCAUCGUCCUGCCGGCCAAGCAGCUCCAGCUGCCCGAACAUGAGUACGGUGCCCCGAAGCAAGAGUACGGCCCACCCAAGGCCGAAUACGGACCUCCUCCGGCGCCCGAGUACGGACCCCCGGCUCCAGCCUACGGACCACCAUCGCACGAAUACGGCCCACCACCGGUACAGAAGCUGAUCACCAAGAACGUCUACGUCCACGUCCCACCAGAGGAGCCCACCGAGAUCAUCAAGAGCCCCGUCCUGGAAGCCCCCAUCCCCAAGAAGCACUACAAGAUCAUCUUCAUCAAGGCUCCGGCUCCUCCAGCCCCGAUCCAGCAUACCAUUCCACCACAGCCCCAGGAUGAACACAAGACCCUGGUCUACGUGUUGGUCAAGAAGCCAGAAGACCCCGCACCACUGGAACUGCCACAGGCCGAACCAACCGAGCCCAGCAAGCCCGAAGUCUACUUCAUCAAGUACAAGGCCAACGACAAGAAGCCAGCCGAUACCUAUGGACCUCCAGCCAACACCUACGGACCACCCUCGGGCCCAACUGGACCUGCUCGUUACCAGCAGUUCUAAGUUCCCCCAUGUAGCUCCCCAAAACCCAACCCAAGACCUCCAACAAAACUCCAAAUAAGGCUAUUGUUACUUGUUAUUGUUGUUUGUUAGAAUCAAUUGCUAGGUUAAGUUAGACGCAAUCGCUCGAGGUGAGAUUACUACCCUAAACCCCCUCCAAUCUCUCAAUCAAGCUUGUAAAUACGAUUCCCUUCAAAUUCCCAUACGUCCAUCAAAGCCCCAAUGCCUCAAUCAGGCACGUUCCGUCCUAAUUCCAAACCCAAAUCUACUUCCCAGAAAUCUCACCUCGUGUAGCAUUUAGGGAGAAAUAAAAAACGAAACCACGUAGGUGUGCAAAGUGCCAAACUCUACACACCAAGGCACCAUCGUGGAAGAGUUGUAGCCAGUAAGUGUUUGCCCAAACGCCUUGAUUCCCAACUCCUCACCUAUCCCCCUCCCCCACCAGGCAAUAAUCCGGUGAUUGUGUAAAUAUUGAUCCCUCAUCCCUCCCCUCACGAACGGAAACCCGUCAGAAGAAAUAGGAACGGAAAAAAACUCAAUCCCAUUCCCCUUCAGUAACCCCAACUCCAUACCAAACCAAUGAAUUAAAACGUGACGAAAGCAAAGUGGACUAACGGAGAGAAAUAUACCCCCUCCAAAGAACCGCGCCAAUAUAUAGCAGCUAGAGCUAGAGAGAGAGAAAUAAAGAGCAGAUGAAAUAACGAUUUGUCGAGUGUAAA